GGCAUAUAGUUUCAGUCAGGAUCAGUACCUCCCUGAGCCUUGUGGCAACAGUACAAAUAUUGGCCAGGCAACGGAUUGAGGGGGAUGGCAUGAGGGGGAAAAAAAAAAAAACUCUUCCCUCUCGUUUCCACCGCUAAUAAGGUAGUAUAUUUAACUUCACCGCCCGUGAAUCCACCCUAAAAAAAGAAACUAACCGUUACCACCUCGGGCAAAUAGCCACAUGUUAGAAAUGCCAAACCCACCCAAAGCUUAACGGAAACCAGUAGUUUGUUUUCCAAUCAGAUUCAGAGACCGACUCCGGAAUCCUCUCCCCCUUACGAAACCACUCCAAACUUGGCAAACUCCCCUACCAGAUCCCCCAAUUCUUGUUCCCACUUAUUUUUGGAGCUCUCUCUCUCCUCUCCUGUCGUCAACCCACCCCAAAACCAUCCAAUUGCUUCUCCCCAGGUUCCUCAAUCCAAUUCAUUACUUCCCUCUUUUUCUUCUUCCUUCAAUCUUGAAACAAAUUCCAGAUGGGUCUCAUGAGAUGCAUCCUCCCUCGCCGGAACAAAUCCAAGCCGCCGCCGCCGCCGCCGUCACCGUCGCCGUCGCCGUCGUCGACCUCCCCCGCGACGCCGACGUUGGCAGCCGAGACACCAACCAAGCAACUUGAGAGGGUCUUCAACAAAUUUGACUCGAAUGGCGAUGGCAGGAUAUCUUCCUCCGAGCUCGCCGCCAUCUUCCGAUGCCUCGGCCACCCGCCCACCGACGAGGAGCUGGAGAUCAUGAUGGGGGAGGCUGACUUCAAUGGGGAUGGCUACAUCAGCCUGGAAGAAUUCUUGGAUCUCAACACCAAUAAAGUUGAUGCCAAGGCAGCGCUGGAGGACCUCCGGCAUGCGUUCUCGGUGUUCGACAUGGACCGCAAUGGCUCGAUAUCGGUCGACGAACUCAACAAGGUGCUGCGGAGCAUCGGCGAGGGGGCGACGAUGGCGCAGUGCAAGAAGAUGAUCGACGGAGUGGAUCAGGAUGGGGAUGGCUUCAUUAGUUUUGAGGAGUUUAAGGACAUGAUGAUGGGUCCUUCAUUUACCCCUGCUUCAAUAGACAGGGUGGAGUGAAUUGAGGCAUUCUUCUAUGUGGACUUACAUGAUGUAUUCUAUUUUCUUCUUCUUCUUUUUUUCUCUUUUUCACUCUGCCUUUCUUCAGUCUCUUGAAAACAAUUAACUCAGAUUAGAUUAUGGAUAAUUUGUAGAAAAACUGACUGAUUACAGUGGAUUUGAUAAACAUAAUUUACAGUUUUA